GUCAAUAAGAGACCAUCAUAGAUAGGAACUCCUUUCAAAAAGCAUCCCAGGCAGCGGUUGAUAAAAGUAGCCUACAGUUUUUUUUAAUUGAAAGAUGUCUCAUAUGCAUGCAGUUGUGAUAAGUUUACUAUUAUUCUAAAUCUUUGAACGAUAUUGUAUUUAGAUAUUUAUUAUUAAAAUCGUUAAUUAAUAAAUAAAUAACCUCAUGGUGGCUGCUUCAUCGAGUCUUCAAUACUGAAUACGCGUUAGAGUAAAUGAGCCUUUAUUUUGAUAUAUUUACUUAGUGUAUACUUUAGCCUAAUUGGAAUUACUUCUUCCCAUCUUCCAAAUAGAUAGGUGUAUUCCACAAAGUCGGAAGAAAACAUCACCUAUAGGCCUACUUAUGUGAAUUCUUCUGUUCUGAGGUGAAACUGGUAAUUAAUUUUGACAAGUUAUUUCGCACCUUAAUGAAACAGCAUGUGUAACCGCAAUCUGCUUACUGCAGAAUUGUAGGCCUCGUUUCUAUACGUGGAAGCCACAUGUGCUCCUCACAUCAUACGUUGUCACCUCAAUGCAAAAAAAACAACUCCAAAAUUUUGCUUGUAGCAGUGCACCGUCGCACGCCCCCACCAGCGGAAAAAAUGAAUGGCGCUCGUCGCGUGUAUCAAACAACCCACAAGGCCUGUCGCUAGUCUUCGGGCACCCUCCUUUCAGCGCGUUCCGCGCAUGCGCUUUUGCGAGAAUCUUCAGGACAGGGUUUGUGUGUUGAGCCCAAAAAACCCGCUUAAACACCAAUGCGACUGAAAUAUGGCUUUUCAUCGAAAUGGGACUUAAACUUCGACUUUCAGUGGAGAUAGGGAUUCGCGAGACAAACGCCCGAUCGCCUUUUUGUUGCUCUUUGUGUUGUGGUGGUAGAUGGUAUCCAGCGAGUUGUAUCUGCCAGAGGAAGACGACGACUCGGCGAGUACUAUGAAGGAGAUGAUCGGAGGUUGCUGCGUCUGCUCAGAUGAAAGAGGCUGGGCCGAAAACCCUUUAGUCUACUGCGACGGUCACGGGUGUAAUGUUGCCGUCCAUCAAGCCUGCUAUGGAAUUGUCCAAGUCCCCACAGGCCCCUGGUUCUGUAGGAAAUGUGAAUCACAGGAGCGAGCUGCCAGGGUGAGAUGUGAGCUGUGUCCCCACAAAGAUGGAGCCCUGAAACGAACAGACAAUGGAGGUUGGGCCCAUGUGGUUUGUGCUCUUUACAUCCCAGAGGUUGAGUUCGCCAAUGUUUCCACCAUGGAGCCCAUCGUGCUUCAGUCUGUCCCUCACGAGCGUUAUAACAAGACGUGCUACAUCUGCGAGGAACAAGGCCGUGAGAGCAAAGCUGCUACUGGAGCUUGCAUGACAUGUAACAAACAUGGCUGCCGACAGGCCUUUCACGUCACAUGUGCUCAGUUUGCUGGGUUGUUGUGUGAAGAACAGGGUUCAGAUGCUGAUAAUGUGAAAUACUGUGGAUACUGCAAAUACCAUUACAGCAAACUGAAACAUAAAGAAAGAGAUCGGCAUAAACCAAAGCACAAAAAGUCUUUGGAGCUUUCGCCAUCACUGGUACCAGCACUGAUGGUGAGCUCUGAGAAGAGCUACAACAACAGCAGCAGCGGAGGAAGCGUCUCCUCCAUCUCUUCCGCUCAGAAGCGACUCGACGACAGCGGAGGCCGCUUCACCAAUGCCAACUUCCAGGAAGUUCCAUCUCACUCCAGUUCCAGUUCAAAGGACGGCGGGUCCUCAGAUGGCAAGAGCUCCGAGGGCAAGACCAAGAAGUCCAGCAGUCACGGCACCGGCUUGAGCUCCGGGUCCAGAGGCCGCAAGUCUGUGCCGGGUAAACCCCACGGCCCCGUGGUCACCACGGCAACUUCAUGCACGGUCCCCUCCGCAUCCAGUCCGUUUCAGCAAGGUCUUUUAUUAGGCUGCAGUACUAAAUCAGCCUCCAGUGGAUCUGUGGUCCAGCCCACCUCUGACUUCCUCAGUUUCUCGGAUGCCACCCUGAGGACCAGCGAGUCCUACACUCCUUCCUUUGGCCGUUCUCACGUGAAGAGUGGUUCAGAGGGCGGAGCCUCUGAGGGCAUGGUGGGUCUCAGCACCUUUAGCAUGUUGUCCCAAAGCUCCAGCUCCGGCAAGCAUUACGAAAACUGUCACCCUGCCGGCGAGCUCGGGGGCCUGACUGCAGCCAGCUACAAACGCCCCCAACCCUCCUCCUCGUCUUCCUCUGCAACCUCAUCUUCCUCCACUGGCGAAGACGGUGUGAAGAAGAAGAAACGGGGGAACUGGAAGAACCGAUACGGACCGUGCUACACCUCCCAGGAUGGUAAAACCACAGACACUGGAGAACAUGGAGCGGCACUGCCCUUAUCCACCUCCUCUUCGCCAUCCUCCAUGAGCAUGUUGGGCGGCCGCGGAAGCGCCGUCAGCAGUACAGGAGGCGUGGGAGCAGGGGGUGCCGGUAGCAGUAGUUUGGGGAUUCAGAAGUCCCCAUCUCUCCUCAGGAAUGGGAGCUUGCAGAGUAUGGCUGUCAGCUCCCCACCUGCUGGACCAGGCUCGUAUUCCAGCAGUAGCGAUGUAGCUUGCCCGGUGCCCAGCGUAGUGCUCGGAGGGUCUCUGUCUGGAUCCAACUCUGAUCCAGUACCGACUCAUCAGUCAGUGGUCACUUCCAUGCCCACCCUCACCUCACUCCCCCCGGCUGCCCCGUUCACCAGCACCUCAUCCACACACUCAAACUUGCUACCGGGAUCCUUCAACUUGGCGCCGUCUCACAUGUUUGGAAACAGACUGAACCCGAAUUCAGCCAUGGCUGCCCUGAUCGCCCAAUCCGAGAGCUCCCCAGCAGAUCAGGAACUGGGGGACGGAGCUCUCGGCUUCUCCAGAAGAGGAAACUCACCAAAGGCAAACCUCUCCCCUCGGUCUCCGUUAAGUGGUCUGCAUAUCCGGUAUGACUCGUCAGGACCGUUGGUUUCAGGGCUUGGUUCUGGUACAGAUUCACUGCCCCCUGUGGCCACCAGCAUCGACCAGCUGCUGGAAAGACAAUGGAAUGAUGGACAACAGUUCCUAUUACAACAGGGUUCACAGGAAGAUGUGCUGGGAAUGCUGAAAUCCCUGCAUCAGCUGCAGGUUGAAAACAGACGCUUGGAAGAACAGAUCCGAACUCUGACCAUGAAGAAGGAAAGACUGCAGCUCUUGAGCGCGCAACUCUCCGUGCCUUUUACCCCCACGAGCACCACAGCCACCACUGCCUCCUCUCCUCUAUAUCCCGGCAACACUCACACAGACAUGCUGCACAGCAAGAACAUUCAGCUAGGCAGCAGUGUUUUAACAGACUCCUCUCAACCCUUGCCCACUCAGGAUCCCCUGUCUGGUGGCCAUAGUAGCAGAAGUAGCACGUCCUCUCUCUCCACCCCCCCUUCUGCGGCACACAGCCCCCCCCAGCAGCAGGUCAACGGUGUCGGCAUGGCCGGGGUGGCCGUCCAGCCUGGCAAUGCCAACUCGUCUCUGCCUGCCAUAGCUGGGGUGACGGGUCUGAUGGGCGAUCUACAGGGGAACCACCUGACCAUGAGUGGUAUCGUGGGUGCCCUGAAUGGAGUGAUCCAGAGUUCCCCCAGCCUGACACAAAACACCAGCUCCCUGACCACCUAUCCCUCAAUUACAAGCGCUUCUUUGCCCAACAGCCUCAAUAACAGCAGCGGGACCACUGUGAAAACCAGUGCGGCGAGACUUCUGACGGAGCAGCACAGGCAGAUCCUGCUCCAUCAACAUCAACAUCAACUGCAGCAGCUCUUCAGCUCCCAGCAACCCACACCCGAACAGCAGCAGGUUCUGCUCUAUCAGUUAAUGCAGCAGCAGCAGCAAAAACAACAACAGCAGCAGCAGAAUGACGUACAGCUGCCCAUCAACAGCCUGCUGCCCGGCACCCAGCCAACCAUAACCAACAACCCCUUCCUCGCCAUGCACGACAGCAACGCUUCCAAAACUGGACGGCUGGGAGACAAGUCUGUAUCGCUGACAGGGCAGGAGAAGACCUGAUGCAGAAAAAAAGAUUGUGGAGCUCCGCCUUAUGGAUCUUUCUCAUCAGCGCAUCCCAAGAGGCCCGGCUAUCUGAGCAACAAAACCAGAAUGUUCACCCACUGCACGAAACUCUCACAAGCACCAGCCUUGAUAUGUACACACACUUGCCAGUUUGAUGCCCAUCUGGCAAAAAACAUGUUGCACUGAGUUUGAGUAAAUCACUUGCUGUAAACUUUACGGUCCCAUGGGGGCGAGACGACUCGCAAACAUAUGUGCGCGCACACGCGGUCUCUCUCACCCUGCCAGUGUGCUGAAAAUGACACUUACAUGGUGUGAGUUGCUGUGGGCGCUAGGUCUUGGAUGAGAACUGAAGUUGUCGGAUGGUUCAUGGAGGAUGGUCUGCUAUCUGCUUGUGGAUCAGUAUCUGCUCUCCACUGUUACCUCUCUUUACCCCUUUAACAAAGAAAAACAUAAUUUCAAUAAAACCUGUCGUAUUUGUCUGUGUGUAUGAAUAACGCGGUCAAAUGUGUUCGAUCGGAUAUUUGUGCACCAUGAAGGCCUUCUGCAUUCUGAUCUUCAGCUUUCCCCGUGAGGAGGCAUUCCAAAGGUCCACAAACUGUCUCAUUGACCCUGCUGCACUCUUUGAAGAGCAACUACCUCUCAAGGCAGGACACAAACCAGGCCCUAACCCAAGUGCCUGGCUCCGUUUUCCAAGCUGUCAGGGGGCGCCACGCGCUGGAGACGCUGCCAACCUCUCCCUGUUUUUUCCUCCCUCCAGUUGAUCCAUUUGUGUGAAAUUGGUACCAAUCAGCGUCGCUCAGGCAAUAGUAGUUCAGAGCCUGUACAGUGACUACACUGAAACCUGUCUGAUUUCGAAUGUUUGUGCUGCAUUGAUCGUUUUUUGAAGCCAACUUUAUAGUUCCUUUUUUAUUUAUUUGCAUUGACUACAUGUUGGGCGCAAGUAAGAUAUUUUAACGCCCAACUCGCAGAAUGUUUUUAUACUACUGUAAAAAAAGAUCUCGGCUGUUUUGAGUUUUGUAAACUCAUCAUUUUGAUGUCUGGUGUUUGAAGUUAUAAAAAAAGAACAAACCCUACUUGACGAUGAAAUUUUCUUGUAAAUACGCCUGGUUUCUUUGUUGCUAUGUAAAUGAACAGAUGCAUAUUGGAUUAAGAAUAAGCUGUCAGAAUAAAUAAGGUUUAGUUAGCACAGUUUUACCUCUUUUUUUGUUGUUGUAAAUAAAUAUUUGUGAUUCACUUAGUGGUGUGAAGGACUGUUUUAAAGCACUGUAAGUGAGUUCCGAUUUUUUCUCAAGUUUUCGACAAGACUGGUGACUGGAUAAAGUGUAUUAAUUUAUUUUUGUAUGUGCAGGGGCGUUUUUCAUUUUGCACCAUUUUAUUGAUGUGGUUUUAUAUUCCAUUAUAGAUGUGGUAUGUCCACGUUCUCAUGUAAAUGUACAGAAAUUAUGCAGAAUCUCUAAAGUUUGUAUUUAAACGGCGAAAGUGAACCCACACAAAUCCUGCUUCAUAUUAAGAAAUUUUGAACACUGAGAUUGUAGUGUUGCGCUUUUUUCAGUGAUAAAUUAAAAUCUGUUUAUUACAAUGCGUACGUUGUCUUUGUACUUUAUACUUG